GGGUGUUCGGGUCCAGCCUGCCUGUGACGGUGAAUGCAGUCAUUUCGUCGACGCUCACUCCUGCAGACGGGAACCACUGCACUGCAUCACUCCUCUGCUGUGUCCUCUCAGAGCCACUGGUUCUUUUUUCACUAAAAAGGAUCACAACCAUUGUUUUUCAGUUUAAAUUCAACAUUUUUAACCACCUGAAUCUCCCUUUGUGGAUCGCUGCUUCUCACCUCAUGGGGCUGUGGAUUGUUGUGCUCACGUCAUUGCUGGGAGUCCUCCUUGGUCAAGGAGUGCAGCAGCUCUCUAUAGAUGACUGCUGCAAAGAUGGCCAGAGCCGUGCCAAUGAUAACCAAGCCUGUUCGACCCUCCCACUCAUCUCCGAAUCCCCGACAUGCAGAACCCUGCAGGAGCAGUGCUGUGUUGCAGUGCUUGAAGACAACAUGUGCACCACCGGCAUCACUGUGGCCAAAGAACAAGGAGCAUGCGAUUUCUUGUUCUCCAACACCUGUGAGACCAAGACCACCAAGAUGUGCUGCGACUGUUGCCUCCUGGCGAAGACAGGCCAGGAGCAGGGACUUCCAUGCGACCACAGUUUGUCUCUGGGCUACCAGUGCGGCCUGGUGUACCGUGCCUGCUGCGUGGAUGGAACGCCUGACAAUCAGACAGCGUCCACCGGUCAGACUGAACUGCCAAACAAAGACGAGACCACGGACACCGGAGACAACUCAGUAUUAAGUGAUGAGUGCAAUGGAAAAUGCGCUCAUAAUUGUGUGAGUAAUGAUACCUGCGGCUGCUUCAAAGGCUACAAACUGAAACCGGAUGGAAAGAGCUGCGAGGACAUUAAUGAGUGUUUGCUGGGUACAAGCAGCUGCCGACCGGGUCAGCGCUGCAUCAACAUCGACGGCUCUUUCCGCUGCCAGAGAGAGGUCAGCUGCGGAACCGGCUAUGAACUAACGGACGACAACAAUUGCAAAGAUAUUGACGAGUGCGAAACCGGCAUCCAUAACUGUGGCCCAGAGUUUGAGUGCCAAAACACUCAGGGCUCAUUCCGUUGUCUCCCCAAGGUCAAAUGUGGUGCUGGUUUUAUCCAAGAUGCACUGGGCAGCUGCAUUGAUAUCAAUGAAUGCGUUAGCCAGACCGGCCCGUGCCAAAGGGGGCAGCUGUGUAUGAAUACAGUGGGGUCAUACGUCUGCCAGAGGAACUCCGUCAACUGCGGAAGGGGCUACCACCUCAAUGACGACGGCACACACUGCAUUGACAUUGAUGAGUGCAAAGGCCCCGAAACAGUGUGCGCGGGUCACGACUGCAUCAACACAAUGGGCUCCUACCAUUGCAAGUGUAACAAUGGCUACAACUUCAACAGCAUCAGUCGCCUCUGUGAGGAUCUUAACGAAUGCAGGCACUACCCCGGACGCCUCUGUGCUCACAAGUGUGAGAACACACCAGGGUCCUACAAGUGCAGCUGCACCACAGGUUUCAAGUUGUCCAUGGAUGGCAGGAACUGUGACGAUUUAAACGAGUGUGAAAGUAACCCGUGCAGUCAAGAAUGUGCCAAUGUGUAUGGCUCCUACCAGUGUUACUGUCGCCGAGGUUACCAACUCAGUGACACUGACGGAGUGACGUGCGAAGAUAUAGACGAAUGUGCCCUGCCUACCGGAGGUCAUAUCUGCUCCUACCGCUGCCACAACACACCCGGAAGCUUCCACUGUUCCUGCCCCGUUAGCGGCUACACCUUAGCACCCAAUGGACGCGGCUGCCAAGAUAUUGAUGAAUGUUUAGCUGGGACACACACAUGCGCAGAGAACCAGAGCUGCUUCAACGUGCAAGGCGGAUUCCGCUGCCUGUCCUUCGAUUGCCCCAACAACUACCGCCGGGUUGGGGAAACUCGAUGUGAACGCUUGCUUUGCAAUGAGUCUGUCGAGUGCCUGGCCAUGCCGCUGAGAAUAACCUACUACCACCUCACCUUCCCCACCAACAUCCCCGUAUUCACCAACAUCUUCCGCAUGGGCCCCUCCCACAUGGUGCCGGGCGAAGACAUCCACAUCGCCAUCACCUCGGGCAACGAGGGCGGCUUCUUCAAGGCGGAGCAAGUCGCCGGCGGCGGCGUCAUGUCCGUGGCGAGGCUCUUCGACGGCCCGCAGGACUUUGAGCUGUCCGUGGAGCUGGGGUUGCGUCGCUACGGCACGCUCAGCACGUACUUGGCCAAAGUGAUGGUGUUCGUCACGCAGGACGAGCCCCGCGUCAUUUACAACCCGCUGCUCGAAUAAGAACAACAGCUCACCUAGGCUUGCUUGCGAUUUGUUAUCUUUACUGCGCUUUAAUCAGAGUUAAGACAUUUUCAGAGAAUAGGAAUUAUUCCAAGAAAAAAGCUGUACUAUAACGAGAACAAAGUUGGACUUAUAAGAGACAUGCAGUAGUCGUAAUUCUACUAAAAUAAAGUCGAAAUAUUAAAAGAAAAAGUUGAAAUCUUAAGAGAAUGGUCAUAGUUUUGCGAGAAAUGUUUUUUACUUUACAAGAAUAAAGUCACCAUUUUCAGAGGAAAAAAAGUUUUAAUUUUGCUUGACUAUAGCCGCAAUUUUACAGGAAAAAAGUUGCAAUAUUACAACAAUGUCAUAAUUUUAAGCAAUAAAGUAGUAAUUUUUCCUUAUUGCAAUGAUAAAGUACUAAUUUUACAAGAUAAAGGCAUACUUUUAGAAGAAUAAAGUUUUAAAAUGGUGAGAAAAGUUGCCCUUUCACAAGAAUAGUCAUUAUUUUACAAGAAUAAAGUUGUAAUUUUUACGAGAAUAAAGUCGGCGUAUGGUUGCCCCAAAAAAGACGUAAUAUUGAAGAGAAUGAAGUCAUAAUACGAUGAGAAUAAGUUGCCAUUUUCCAAGAAUAAAGUAUAAUUUCACGAGAAUAAAGUCUUAAUAUUACGAGAAAAGGUGGCACAUUUACCAGAAUACAAUUGUAAUUUUAUGAGAAUAGUCCAUCCAUCCAUUUUCCACUUAUCCCCACAAGGGUCGCGGGCGUGCU